CCAAAUAAAACCCUAGCGAUACGUGUCGAUACGUGUCUCAAUCUCUCUCUCUCUUUCCCGCUCUCGUUUAAGAAAUCCCGCCGCGUCCGAGACACACAAGGUGGACACUUCAGUCUACUGGUUUCCCCGUUUCCUGUUCUUAAUCCAAAUUUACCCACACUGCCGUAUAAAAGGGAGCCAGGAACGAAGAGCUUAGGGUUUCACUUCGAUCCUCUACCCUGCGUGCUCGCUUUUCUCCUGGUGGAAUGGGCCUUUCCACCGUGCUCCGCCUUAUCUCCUCCUCCGUCUCCCUUCCCCGCUCCCGGCCCUUCAUCUUCUUCCCCUGUCUCUCCACGUUGCUCCCGUCCUCCCGCCGCGGCUUUGUUGAUCUCCGCCCUCUUUCCACCGCCUCCCGCAGCUCCGCCCUGCCGCUGAGGUCGAAGCGGAGGGACGGAGAAGAGGAGGCUCCCGGAGCAGCGAGGGAGGGGAAGGCGGGGGACGGUGGAGGUGGCGAGGGCAGCAAUGGUGGGUUGAUGGUGAAGGAGCGGAGCGGUGGGCCCCCGGAGGGGAGGAUCCUUCCUGUGGAACUCCACGAGGAGGCCAAGGAGGCGUAUAUGGCUUAUGCUAUGUCGGUGCUGGUCGGACGCGCCUUGCCAGAUGUCCGGGAUGGGUUGAAGCCGGUGCACCGGAGGAUAUUGUAUGCAAUGUAUGAACUGGGCCUUUCAUCCCGAAAACCUUUUAAAAAAUGUGCUAGAAUUGUUGGGGAGGUUUUAGGUAAGUUUCAUCCUCAUGGUGAUACAGCUGUUUAUGAUUCAUUAGUCCGAAUGGCACAGGACUUUUCCCUGCGGUACCCUCUCGUCAAUGGACAUGGUAAUUUUGGAUCAAUUGAUGCUGAUCCUCCUGCCGCAAUGCGGUAUACAGAGUGCAGAUUGGAAGCAGUUACUGAAGCCAUGCUCUUAACUGAUUUGGAACUGAAUACUGUUGACUUUGUACCCAAUUUUGAUGACUCACAAAAAGAGCCAUCUCUUUUGCCUGCUCGUAUCCCAAAUUUACUAUUAAAUGGAUCUUCAGGAAUUGCGGUUGGAAUGGCAACAAAUAUACCUCCUCACAACCUUGGGGAGCUUGUGGAUGCUCUUUCUGUUUUGAUCCAUAAUCCUGAAGCUACACUCCAAGAGUUGCUGGAGUACAUGCCUGGUCCUGACUUUCCAACUGGAGGCAUAAUCAUGGGAAAUUCUGGGAUCUUGGAUGCGUAUCGGAGUGGGCGAGGCCGCAUAAUAGUGAGAGGGAAGACUGAUGUGGAAUAUCUUGAUGAGAAAACCAAACGCAGUUCCAUAAUAAUCAAGGAGAUUCCUUACCAGACCAAUAAAUCUGCCCUUGUGGAGAAAAUCGCCGAACUUGUGGAAGAUAAGACUUUAGAUGGCAUAAGUGAUAUUCGUGAUGAAAGCGACCGAUCUGGAAUGCGUAUUGUAAUAGAGCUGAAAAGGGGGUCAGAUCCAUCUAUUGUUCUCAACAACCUUUAUCGUCUUACUGCUCUCCAGUCUAGCUUUAGCUGCAACAUGGUUGGCAUUCUCGAUGGGCAGCCAAAGCUAAUGGGUUUAAAGGAACUGCUUCAGGUGUUUCUUGAUUUUAGGUGUUCUGUCAUUGAAAGACGUGCAAGAUUUAAGCUUUCUCAAGCUCUAGAGCGCCAACAUAUCGUAGAGGGCAUCAUUGUAGGUCUUGAUAACUUGGAUGCUAUUAUCAAUAUAAUUAGGGAAACAUCUGGUAACAGAGUGGCCACAGCUGCUUUAGUAAAAGAGUUUGGUUUAUCUGAAAAGCAAGCUGAAGCUUUGUUGGACAUAACCUUGAGAAAACUUACUUUUCUUGAGAGAAAAAGAUUUGUAGAUGAAGCUGAAUCCUUGUCUGGACAAAUUUCUAAGCUAAAUGAACUCUUGUCUAGUACGAAGCUGAUGUUCCAGCUUAUAGAGCAAGAAGCAAUUGAGUUAAAGAAUAGAUUUGGAACCCCAAGGUGUACAUUGUUGGAAGAUGGAGGGUGUGGUCAACUUGAGGAUAUCGAUGUUAUUCCGAAUGAGGAAAUGCUUUUGACACUAAGCGAGAAAGGUUAUGUCAAGCGGAUGAAACCAAAUACCUUUAACUUGCAACAUCGGGGAACUAUUGGAAAAUCUGUUGGAAAGAUGCGAGUUAAUGACUCAAUGUCCGAGUUCAUUGUCUGCCAUACGCAUGACCACAUUCUUUACUUCAGUGAUCAAGGGAUAGUUUACUCUGCUCGUGCAUAUCGAAUACCAGAAUGUUCUAGGACUGCUGCUGGCAUUCCACUGGUCCAGCUGCUAUCAUUGUCUGAGGGGGAGAGGAUAACCUCAAUUAUUCCUGUCAGCGAAUUUGCUGAGGAUCAAUACCUAAUAAUGUUGACAGUGAAUGGGUACAUCAAGAAAGUUUCUUUAAAUGCUUUUUCAGCAAUUAGAGCACCUGGAAUCAUUGCAAUUCAGCUGGUCCCUGGUGAUGAGCUGAAAUGGGUCCGCCGCUGUGCUGAUGAUGACCUUGUUGCUAUAGCUUCCCAGAAUGGAAUGGUCAUUGUGAAUUAUUGUAACAAGCUCCGUGCACUUGGAAGGAGAACAAAGGGUGUGAUAUCGAUGAAAUUAAAACGAAGGGACAAAAUGGCUUCCAUGGAUAUUAUACCUGCACCUAUGCAGAAAGACUUGCAGAAAUUGUCAGAAAGCUUGAGUGGCAGAGGUAAAGAUAUUGGACCUCCAUGGCUGCUAUUUGUAUCUGAAAGUGGUCACGGGAAGCGUGUACCUUUAAGUGCAUUCAGAUUAUCAAGCUUCAGAAGAGUGGGCUUGAUUGGUUGCAAGCUUCUACCAGAUUAUCGUCUUGCGGCUGUAUUUGUGGUUGGAUUUUCUUUGUCAGAAGGUGGUGAAAGUGAUGAGCAAGUAGUUCUAGUUAGCCAAAGUGGGACAGUAAACAGAAUCAAAGUUUGUGACAUAUCCAUCCAGUCACGCAGUGGCAGGGGAGUUCUCUUAAUGAGGUUGGAUUAUGCUGGAAAAAUCCAGUCUGCAUCUUUGAUUUCUGCUUCGGUAAAUGAAGUCAACGGUGAUUAGAGCUCAGAGCAUGGUAAUCGAGGCAGAACAUACUGAGGUAUACAGUUUUGGUGUCACUUAUUAAUCCUGUGGUACGAUCUUAUUAGUUAAGUGGUCAAUACAUUGUAAGUUUACUGUAUGCGACAACCACUAUGACGACUAGGAAGUUUAUAGAACUGAAAGGAAGCAUUUUGAAGGUAGCAAACAUUUUGAAGCGUUCACUGUUUGCGACCUUUAAGAUCAUUCAAAACUGACGUCUUUUGAUUUCUUUAAGAUCCUGAUAAAACAUUGUCUUAUCUCAGUAUCAGAAUGAUCAGUUUGGAGGAUCAAACAUUUUCUUUAA